AUGUACCGGAAAAUUUUGUGGUGUUACGUAUUUUUAUUGACAUCAUUGGAUAUAUGGGAGGUAUCGAACUCCAAGCUGACAGCCCAAGGGAAGAGCCAUGGUGCAGCAGUGCAGGAUUCAAUUACAGAAGGAAUUGCAUUUCAAGAAUGGAAUGCAGACUCAAUAUCGGUGGAGAGCACCGAGAAUUCAGGAGAGAGCCUCGAGGCUGUGGCACUUUGGCCACCUGCAUUACGGUUUGGACAUUCUCCCCUCGCAGAGCCACACACUCGAAUAGUCACUCUGACAAAUUUAGCCAACACAACUCUGCAUUUGGCGUCUGUAGCAGGGACUACGCCUGACUUUCACGCUUCUUUUUUUGAUUCUAAGUCAGUGCCACCACAGGGCAACACCACUUUCAGCGUGGUCUAUCUUGGCAGAAGAGAGGGACUGGUUACAGCUCAUCUGUACAUACACACAUCUCUCGGAGUGCACAAAUAUCCUGUGUCAGCGAUUGGCGUGGCGAGUGAAUACGACGUGUGGCCGCUGGUCGGCCUCCGCGUACCGCACAAUGCGACAGUUGAGCCCGAGCUCACUUUGUAUAAUCCCACCGAUAAAACUAUACAGGUGAGCGAGGUGUACUCAUCUGGUGGUUGGUUGGGACUCCGUUUGGCCGGUGGAGGAUCGCGCGCACCGCGAGACGUGUGGACGGUGCCACCGCGAGAACGACGCGCUCUAGUCAGAUUAAGAAUCUCCCCUACCCACAAGCAGCCGCUCGCCGCAUAUGUGCGAAUAAAAGCGAACAUCCCUGGUGGUGGUUUAGUGGUCUGUGUGGAGGCACGCAGCGCCCCGGCCGGGGAGCACACGCGACCCCUUCACUUGAGGCUGAGGCCGCGAGGCUCAAACGACCUCGAACACUCGGUAUACGUGGAGGCAGCGAACAGCGCCGUGGGAGCAGUUCGCUUAGAUGCUGCGCUGGACGCAGCUCGCUGUUGGCGCUUUGCCCCCGCCCCGCCCCCUCCAUGUGCUCACUCACAUGCAGCGAAUGGCGGCGCCGAGGGUCAUAGUGGAGCACAUUUGACAGUGCUACGGUCACAUCUAGAGCCGUUUGAAGAUUUCACAAAAGUCGCCAAAUUAACGUUUAACUACGCAGAACUUUGGGCACUGUCACGGCGGAAGCUGGUGGACGAGGAAAAAGUUAAUGGGGAGGGCGGGGAGGGGGUCGCUUGGUGCGGGGGUUGCGUUCGGUUGGGCCGAGCCACUGUGCCGUACAGUGUUACUGUUAUGCCUGGUACCCUCGCAUUCACCCCGGACUCACUAGAUAUAAUCACGUCAAACAAGAAAAGCGCUCUUGAAAAGCGGGAGGUGUUUGCUCAUAACCAGUUCGAUGUGCCGCUGCGAAUCAGUACCGUUCAGUUACCAGAAGAAGCACUGCCAUACUUUGAAAUAUACCAGCACACACCAGUAACCUUGAAACCCGGGGCCCAGGGUCCAAUAGUGACGUUGCGCAUGCGCAGCGUACCACCCAUCGACGUUACACUUGACACGCGCAUAGCGGUGCACACGAAUCUCUCGCAAUAUCACGUACCGUUACGUCUCUAUAGUGGAAACUUCACGUUUGAAUGGGAAUGGCCCAAUUCUUCUGAUGGCAAUUUGGAUCUCGGUGUGGUGGGAACAUCUACUACUUGGCGCGUUGGCCUACGGAUGCAUAACCGAGCUUGUGUGGAGCUUUGCGUCACUGGACUGAGUGCGACCUUGCCGGGAGCAUCAGCUACUCUUACCAGUAGUACUCCGCAAUGUGUCCCUCCUUACGGAUGGUCAAUGGCGUGGCUUCGUGUGGUCGCGCCAACUCGAGAGGGAGAAGUGUCGGGCACAGUUUCAGCGUCCAGCAUGCACGCACGCACAACGGGCACUGUCUCCCUGAGGGCACACACUGGUCGUCUAGUUGCUCGGGCGCCAGUGCUGCCGCCAGCGGCGCCGUAUGCGGGAUCCACGGCACCUCUUGUAGUGGACAGCAGCAUGUCGCUCUCGAUGAAAGUGACAGGGGUGACUCAUAUUGACAAAAAAACGCAAGAUGUGCUAAGUUUCGUGCCGUUAGAAGACACUGAAGUAGGACCGGGUAGUCACAUAGUGGGGCAUAUUCAUUACGACCCCGAGAAACUCUGUGAGCCGAACUGUUAUACGGGUCUCUCUAUGGAUUCGCCUGAGGGCGCGGUGUGGUUGGAGCGUGCCAAAGGCGAAGGUGGAUGGUCCAAUGCAAUAAAAGCUGAUUUACACGCAUUAUCGGCACGCCUACAUCAGUUUGAAAACAGUUUGCCUACUACCAACUUUUCCAUAUACCUGCAUACCACACAGGUGGUACAAACAGCUGUAGAGUUAUCAGUAGAACACAAUUGGCCACAUCUUGCCAUUAGCAGCGGGGUUGAAGACCCUAAUGAAGUACCACCAAAAAAUGAAAACGAUUCCUCGAAAGAUGGAGUUAAAUUGAAAGACGGAGUAGCUAACGGAUCGAAAGAGCAGAGUGAGAUAAGUGAAAGCGGAAGGUUGGGUGAGAUCGGUUUAGUACCAGUGGGUGGACGAGGCAUAAUGUGGGUGCGCGUGCGCAAUCCGUCACCAAGCAAAAAUCUCCUGGUGCAAGCAGUGCUCGCACCGACGUUAACGGAUGCGUUGCGGAAAGAUUCCACUGCCGACAAGGACUGGUGCGUCUCUGAAUCCUGUGUUUGGUCGGAUUCGUUUGCCAUUGACGGAUGGCGAACCGUAAAAGGCGAAGUUCGGUUGUGGGACAACGAUGAUGAUGAAGCAAAGGAUAAAAAAGAAGAGAAGAAAGUUGUCAAUGCUUUGCCCAUAAUGGAGCUUAUGCCACACGCGGAGCUAGAUGUUCGCAUCAGCUUCGCACCAAAGCAGGCGGCUAGUUUGACGACAUAUAUGUACUUAAGGAACAAUUUGACGAUAUUAGAAGGCGUUCAACUUUAUGGCGUUGGCGCAUUUCCUAGUUUUGACUUAGGUGGAAGGAGGCCUGGUCCAUCUUCUAUUUUCCACUUUGAGGUCGAGGAGUGUGUGACAAGUACCCGCUCGGCAGUAGUCCGCCGUCGCAUUCUCGCACGCAACACGGGGCGUGUGGCCGUUCAGCUUCACAGUUGGGACAUAUCUCGACAAGGUUGUCGGGCACGAGGUUUCCGCGUCUACCCCUGUGCCCCACUUAUACUCGCCCCCAAUCAUACUGCCCCAAUACAUCUCGCGUUUACCCCAGAUUAUACUUUGUCUCGACAAAGCGCGAAACUUCGCCUUCAUUCCGAUCUUGGGCCCGUUGAGUAUUCACUUCUAGCCACCGUUCCAGUUAAACUUCUAACGCGAUGCGCCCCUACCUUUCCCAAACAUCCCUGGGAUGCGCCGGUUCGGAACUUCGUCAAUACAUUUACUUUUAUUAUCCUCGCGGUCCUACUAUUCACCGCUGUGUAUGACUCAGAACGAUUGUUACGUAGAGCGAGAUCGACUAGGGCACCCUCAAUACACCGAACUCCAUUGGAUUUGCGGGAAAUAGCAGCAAAUACGACUAUAACUCAGCCGCCACCUCCCCGUGCUCCUUCUAGGCGCCGCCGCCCUACCAGAAGAACGGACCCGAGAGCGGAAAGAAGAGCUUUCGAAAGGUGGCGAACAGAAGUACUUAGACGAACAGACGAUGACUCGUCUCGCUCCAGCGAAGACUUGGAUAACGAAAGUCGAACUUCCCCAGAGAGAAACGAGCCAGAAACUUUCGACACUAGUGAGACGUUUGAAAAGAAUGAACCGGAGAAAGUUGAAGAAAAUGUUGAAGUUGCGUCUAGUGCCUCCGAUGAGUCGACUCCAGUGGACGAACAAGAUAACGAUGAAGCUUACACGGCUGAUGCGGAAUUGGAUGCGCGAGACUCUCCGGAAGAAACUGUCGUGGAACCUAAAAUAAGUCCAAUACGCGCCCAGACUCCGCCCAAAGUUCAAAUUGAUCGCUCGCGCCGGUCACCAAACAACCGACGGGAGAGGCGAAACGAGGAGAACGUAAGAAAGAAUACCCGUCCCCAUGUGAGGAAAGAAAAACGUCGUCAACGUGUAACUACGCCGCCCAGGUCAGCUGCAGCGGUAAAAGAAAAUGUUGAGACGGGGGAGAUAGGGGAAAGCAGGGGUACAAUUCGUUGGGGGGGCUUCUUGGAGUUCGGUGGUCGCGGGUCCUCCCCUGGCUCCCAUUGGCCUGAACCAGAGUUUGCGUGGAGACCAGCGAUUGGAACACCAGAACGAUCUCCUUUUACACCGUCAACUAGAGAAUUUCUAGAUGAAACUCCAACAUACAACUCAUUGGGGUCAGUGUGGGGCGCCUCAAACGCCUGCGACACUUGGGCCUGGGGCGGGGCCCCCGUCCGACCGCCGCCUGGCUUCGCCCAACAUGCCCCCCGGCCCUAUGACCCUUUCCGCUCGCUAGCGUCAAUCUGGGCUCCGGCGCCUCACGAAUGGCAUAUUAACACCAAUAACCCUCGACCCGAUGAUGAACAUAAGAAUUAA